AUAUGCUUCUGAAAGCGCUAAUCUUGCCUGCAAGUAUGCUUACAAGGAUGCUACGGCAGGGACUACUUUAGGAGAUUACUACUUCCUCUCUCGGCUACACAUUGUGGAGAAGAGACUUGCACAAGGCGGGAUUCGUUUGGCGGCGACUCUAAACCGAAUCUUUUCUUCGAAACCGAAGCUCGCUACAGCUUGA